AUGUCGAAUGAGAAGGCACGCCCUGCUGCAGGGCCGCCCGCGAAGGACAUAACGUCAGAUAGCAUGGUGGAGGGACAGAAUAGCAGGUGGAGGCUGCGCCUGCGCAAUCCCUGGGCAUGCUCGCUAUAUACGCUAGUCACGACACUGCUGGGCUUCGCCGCGCUGUUUCUCAUGGCACAGUCAUUCACGACGCGCCAACUCGAUACCAAAGGCUGCGAGAUGUCAUACAUGCGACCUAUCUUCCACAAGUUCGACGACUUCGACACCGAGCACACCCGCUUCGCCAGCAAAUACUCGUUGUACCUCUACCGAGAGGGCGGCAUUGACGAUGACAGCAGGGUCAAAGGUGUGCCAGUCCUCUUUAUUCCUGGAAACGCUGGUAGUUAUAAGCAAGUACGACCGCUCGGAGCUGAGGCAGCAUACUACUAUCACAACGCCCUGAGACACGAUGAGGGCGCGAAUCGAGCAGGAAAGAGGCCGCUCGACUUCAUUACCGUCGACUUCAAUGAGGACUUUACAGCGUUUCACGGUCAGACAUUACUCGAUCAGGCCGAAUAUCUCAACGAUGCCAUCACAUUCAUUCUAUCUCUAUACCACACUCCAGGGCGCUCCGCGCGCGACUCGAAUUUGCCCGACCCCACAUCAGUCGUCAUCCUUGGUCACUCAAUGGGAGGCAUGGUAGCUCGUACCAUGCUCACAAUGCCCAAUUACCAGUCGAACUCGAUCAACACCAUCGUCACACUUGCAGCGCCGCACGCGAGGCCUCCCGUGUCAUUUGAUGGAGACAUCGUACGGCUCUACAAGGGUGUCAAUGACUACUGGCGACACGCUUACUCGCAGAAGUGGGCUAUCGAUAACCCACUCUGGCACGUCACUCUAAUUUCGAUAGCUGGUGGAGGUCUUGAUACUAUAGUGUCUUCAGACUACGCCAGUAUAGCGUCUCUGGUCCCUGAGACUCACGGCUUCACCGUCUUCACGUCUUCGAUGCCCCACGUAUGGACUGGCAUGGACCACUUGGCUAUCACUUGGUGUGACCAGGAGAGAAAGAGUGUAGUGCGCGCACUGUACGAUGUGAUUGAUGCGUCAAGAGCGACUCAGACGGUACCUCGCGCCGAGCGCAUGCGGGGGUUUAAGAAGCAGUUUCUUACGGGUCUGGAAGAUGUCGCUGAGAAGACCCUACCGCAUAAGGAAGCAAAGACACUUCUCACGCUGGAAGAUGAUAGUGCAGUUAUCUCGCAGGGCGAGAAACUGGUGCUGCGAAGCCUCGGCAAAUCACAGCACAAGCCAAAAGCAUAUCUGCUCCCAGUGCCACCCCAAGAUGAGCACCACAAGAAGAAGUUUACACUUUUGACCAACGAGAAGCUGGACGCCCCCGGUGAGAAUGGUAAGCUUGAGGUCUUGUUCUGCAGUGUCUACCCACACCAAGCAGGACAGUCUGCGGCGCUCUUCUCGAUGAACAUGGACCUCUCUGGUGACAGCUCUGGUGCUACUCGACUGGCAUGCAAGAAUGCCGCAUCAGAUGUCAUUGUUCUCCCAGAGUCUACACGGCAGUCUACCUUCCCAUUCAGGACAGAUCAACGUCCCUUCUCGUAUUUACAAUACGACCUCAAGGAUCUGUCAGAGCAACAAUUUGUCGCUGUUUUCGACAAGUCUGGUGAACGUAGUACCGGUUGGGUGGUUGCUGAGUUCAGCAACGCGUCUGAUUCGGUGUACAAAGUCGACAUGGGUUUGCGACGUCUUUUGACGACCGGCUUGAACUUCAGACUCUCUGCCCGCCGCUCUUUGACCAUGGACAUCAAGGUUCCGGCUUUGCAUUCAGCUUUGUUAGCAUACAAGGUCCACAUUGGCAAGCAGUCCUGUGAUCGUGGAGAGCUGUUUGCACCUCUACUGCGACAGUACAUCACCGAUGUCCACGAGAGCAAGUUCUUCGUCAACGUCAGAGAUGCUAACCUCAACUUGCACGGUGUCUCACCAUACAUGCCACCUACACUGAUUCCCAAACAGACAACAAGCGGGUUGUCGCUGCAGAUAUGGUCUGACCCAACCUGCGACAGCACCGUGGAAGUCAACCUGAGGGUCGAUAUACUAGGAAGCAUGGGGAAGCUUUGGAUGCGCUAUCGUAUCGUGUUCGCAGCGUUCCCGCUACUCAUUGUGGCCUUGGUUAUACGCCAGCAGUUCAGGGUUUAUGAUGAGACAGGCGUCUUCAUGAGCUUCGCCAACGGCUUCAACGAAUGCCUUCGGACAUCCCUACCACUUGCCUUGGCAGCCUUGACGUUCCUAUCGAUCGCUUUAGCCGGCGCACGCAACGAGAGUUUCAAGCACUGGCCGCUGAACGCCGUGGCCAGUAACACCACUGCACUUCUGGACGAUACCAACCACGAGCUGCUGCUUGGAACGGACGACACCUUCUUCUGGUUCCUGGUACCACUGUUUGGUCUCAUGUGUAUCGGUAUAUGUGUCGCCCUGAACUACGUCACACUGUUGCUCACCUAUGUUCUCACCACGGUGUAUGCAUUGGUCAGCUCUGCAGCCCUCCGGAACGAGGACGGACAACGAACACCCGGAGCAUUUGCUGUGACAUCGACUCGACAGCGCACUAUCACGACGUUGAUCUUACUGUCACUUGUAUCGACUGUCAUACCGUACCACUUCGCCUACAUGGUGCUCUGUCUGGUGCAACUGGCCACCUGCAUCCGGGGAUUCAGACUGGCAAAGGAAACGCGCCUCGAUACAAACUACAACUUCUACAACUAUGCGCACUCUAUCCUCAUCUUGAUGAUCUGGAUCCUGCCGAUCAAUCUGCCAGUCCUCGUGGUCUGGGUACGGAAUCUUGCUGUCCAUUGGUGGACGCCAUUCUCAUCUCAUCACAACAUCCUAUCGAUCAUGCCCUUUAUCUUCCUAGUCGAAACCCUCAGUACUGGGCGCAUGGUGCCGCGCGUCCAGUCUCGAUACUCCUUCCUCACCAAUAUCUUCCUCUUCUCCAUUGCCGCAUACGCUGCCGUAUAUGGUGUGACAUACGCGUACGUACUCCACCAUCUCGCCAACAUACUGUGCGCUUGGCUAGUCGCUAUACACUUCGACAUGCAAAACAUCAGCGCCAAGAGAAUGGGCGGCAUCUUCGAGACAGGCGGAGAGUCAAACACCGACUCAAAGAAACGACCAUGA